AAAGGAAUCAUGUGGUUGGUGGUGGCGCGGUGGUGAGACAGCUGCUGGUCACUUAUUUGCCGAUCCUGUUGACAGUGUGUCGCGCGUUGUCGCGUGCGUCCGUGCUUUGUAGGUGGUUUGGACGGUUGGGGUGCCUUCAAAUUGACCGGUUCGUUCAUUGGUGCGCUGCAGUCAGUGAGUAGCCGUUGGGCAGUAUAAGCAACAUAAAGUAAACAAUUGGUCCCUCGGCCUUCUAUCAGCCAUCAACCCGUCAUCACAACAGCUUUAGUGUUUGUUUGAUCGAUUUGUGACGAAAAUCCUCGGCAGCCGGCACACGAUGGAUGUGGUGGAUCAGAACCCGGCCCCUACAUCGCCGUCCCCAGACAGUGACGAUGAUACGCCGCUUGCCAUUAAGCUGAAGACGUCCCAAAACGGCAACACCGCCACCCACGCGACCCAUUCGCCCUGGAAGCGUAAACAGCUGGUUGACGUAAAUCCGCACGGCAGCCUGGAUCUGAGCAAGCUGUCCAUGCGACGAAACUCGAGCUACGGCAAGCUACCCUCCGAAGCACCCGAAGCGAAAGUGCUCGUCAUCUACACCGGCGGUACGAUCGGCAUGAUGCGAAACGAGAAAAAUGCCCUUGAGCCGCGACCGUACGAGUUUGUGAGGAAAAUACGUAACUAUCCCAACAUGCACGACGACGGAUACGCCACCAAGCGGUACGGACCGGCGAAGAAUAUGGCCCCACUGGUGCUGCCGUUCGUGGAAGGACAGCAUCGACGAAUUCUGUACCAGAUUUCCGAGUACGAACCGUUGCUGGAUUCGUCCAACAUGAGCAUCACUGAUUGGGUGCGCAUCGCGACAGACAUUCGGCAGUCGUACGAGUUUUUCGAUGGGUUCGUCAUACUGCACGGUACGGAUACGCUGUCCUAUACCGCUUCGGCUCUGUCGUUUAUGUUUGAAAACCUGGGGAAAACCAUCAUCAUCACUGGGUCGCAGAUACCGAUCUUUGAGACGCGCACCGACGGGAAGGACAACUUCACGUCCGCCCUGAUCCUGGCCGGAAACUACGUCCUGCCGGAGGUGUGUAUUUUCUUCAACAGUCGUCUGUUCCGGGGCAAUCGUACGAUCAAGGUUAGCAGUGAAUCGUUGGAUGCGUUCAACUCGCCCAAUGCAGCCCCGCUCGCCAAGAUGGGCAUCAACGUGGAGGUUGACUAUCGGGUGAUCUUCCGACCGUGCACAGUGGACAAGUUCACGGUGCAUCUGCAGAUGGACGAGAACGUGGGACUGUUGCGACUGUUUCCGAGUAUCUCGGUGGCGACGGUUAACGCUUUCCUGCGCGCUCCGAUGCGAGGCGUUGUGCUGCAGACGUAUGGCGCCGGUAAUUUUCCAACGAACCGGGCGGAUCUGAUCGAGGCACUGAAGGAAGCGAACGAACGCCAGGUACUGAUCGUGAACUGUACGCAGUGCAAUGAGGGUGCUGUGUGUGAUCUGUACGAAACUGGGCGGCAACUGCAGGAAAUCGGCAUUAUACCCGGGUACGAUAUGACACCGGAAGCUGCGCUGGCGAAGCUGUCGUACGUGCUCAGCAAACAGGAGUGGGAUUGGGAAGCGAAGAAAAAGAUGAUGAAAAGUAAUCUGCGUGGAGAGCUAACGUGCGAAAAGCCUCCCGAAAUGCAGGAGUACGAUCUGAUAGACGCUGUCGCACGAACGCUCCAUCUUACCUCGACGAAGGAAUUGAGCCAGCUAAAGUCGUCCCUGUUUCCGGCGAUGGUUAACACGGCGGUGUUGGCCGGAGACGUCACAAAGCUGACGAACCUGAAAAACUACGGUGCAAACAUGUCGGCGGAAAACUACGAUCACCGAACGGCACUGCACGUGGCCUGCUGCGAAGGGAACCUCGAGAUGGUACAGUAUCUACUGCAGAACGGUGCGGCCGUACAUAUACGCGACCGGUACGAUCGUACACCGCUGAUGGACGCGAUCAUGCACGAUCACCAUCAGGCCAUCCGGUUGCUGAUCAAGUGUGGCGCUCAUCUGACCGGUUCGAUACGUGCAAUCGGCGAUGGGUUGUGUGCGGCUGCGGCACGCAAUCAACAGGUACGGCUUGAAUCGUACCGGAUUGCGGGAGCGGAUUUCUCGCAGGAGGACUCAUGCGGACGCACCGCACUACAUGUGGCGGCACUGUACGGACACGUGGAGAUCGUACAGUACUUGCUGAAGAAUUAUGCCGAACCGAAUGCGACCGAUUAUCUUGGCCUGACGCCGUUGGACUAUGCACUGAAAGCGAACUCCGAGUCGGUGAUACCCGUGCUGGAAAGCCAUGAGGCUCGGCGUGGCGAUGAACUAUCGUUCGAUUCGGAUAAGCGAGCCGCGAUGACAGAUUCGUUCGAUUGAAGGGAAGAGAGACAGUAUCACGAAAGUGUGGCUUCCAGGCAGUAUUGUGAUAAUAUACGGUAAUAAUAAAAUUGCCAGUGUGGAUUAAUAGUGUGUGCGUUUCUGGCCUACUGGACUGCGGGGUAGGUUAGCACUAUAGAAGAGCAAGGGGUGGCUCAGCGUUGCAUAGAGGGCAAGAACCAUUAGGUAGACACGAAAUAAACAAUAUAAGUUUUAAAAUGCCAUACAAGAAUGAUAAAUAAAUAAUGGCAAAUCAUUA